AGAAUUCUCGAAUGAGAAAAAUGUCAAGUAUAUACUAUACUUUCAAAUGGGCUGAAUAACGUUACUGAUCCUGACUAAUGUUGACGUUUUAUUGUGAUUUUUCAACAUUUGACAGGUCUCAAUUUUAUGCGGUAGCAGCAGACUUGAUAAAGUGCUAUGCACUAUUUAAUGAGUUCAUUCAUCUGAUAUUGUAUAAAUGACACUGCAAGUCAUGGAUAAAGAGAGGUUUACGAUGCUUCUCCUGGAACCAGGAGAAAUUUUUUUUGAAGACUACAGUGUUCAAAUGAAGUCACCAGACUGUGCAAAUUCUGUAUAUAACAAUUGGAUAGAGGGGAGAUUAAAGUUAUGCUCCAAAUCUUUAGUAUUUGUAGAUAAGGAUAUUAAUCGACCAUUAAUUAAAGUUCAAUUGAAAGAGACUUUAGCAAUAGAAAAAUUGAACUCAGAUGAUACAUCAAAACGAUGUAACGAUGUUCUGUCAAUUCACUGCAAGCAAUAUGUGGAAAUGUUAGAAGGAAAUAUACUUGCUCCUUAUAAAUUUAUCCAUAAGACAACGUGCUUCUUAUUUUCUUUUAAUUAUGCAAAAGUGGAUGAGUGUCUUCCACAUAUGUUACAAUUAUUAAGAGCUACCACACUUCCAACGGCUGAACAAAAUGCCAUGAUCAUGGCUAUUGUACAUUCAAGACAAUCAAGAGUGUCAUUCGAUACUUCUUGGCUAGAAGAUCUCUACGAACAAGUUGUUUUGGAAGUUCACGCAAAUAAAGUUCUACCACUUGUCAUUAAUCCAGGCAAAGUAUUAUUGACGACCUGUAGGAUCUACUUUCAACCUUACAAUAAUAUGGAUCAGCAUCCAGUACUAAAAAUAAACCUCAAAGAUAUAAAGUAUGUAAUUAAACGAAGAUUUCUGUUACGUCAAGUGGGAAUUGAAAUAAAAUGGACGAAAAAUCCUGGAUCUAUAAUAGAAUAUUUAUUUCUAUCAGUAAAGUGCCAAGAAACGAGGGACGACCUUUAUGAAAAAUUAAUAAGUCAGCCAGCAGUUUCAUUAGAAAAAAUUGCUCAAAAUCAAAUGACCAUACAGUGGCAGAAUGGAUCGUUGUCAAACUAUGAUUAUCUACUUUACGUCAAUAGCCUUGCUGAUCGAACAUUUCAUGAUUUAACACAGUAUCCUGUUAUGCCUUGGGUCAUACAAGAUUACACAUCAUCAACUUUAGAUCUAAAUAACCCUAACGUCUACAGAGAUUUAACAAAACCCAUAGGCGCACUUGAACCUACGAGAUUAGAAAGAUUAAAAGAACGUUAUAUGGAAAUGUCAGAACCAAAAUUUCUCUAUGGGUCGCACUAUAGUGCUCCAGGUUUCGUGCUUUUUUAUUUGGUUCGAAAGUAUCCUCAGUAUAUGCUUUGUCUGCAAAAUGGUAGAUUUGAUCAUCCUGACCGAAUGUUCAACAGCGUUGCCGACGUAUGGAAAAAUGUAUUGCUGAACAUGUCUGACUUUAAAGAACUGGUACCAGAAUUUUAUGACACGAACAACGGUGGUGAUUUUUUAGUGAAUACUUAUGGCAUUGACUUUGGUUACCGGCACGAUGGUAGAAAGAUUGGCGACGUUCAACUACCGCCUUGGGCAGAUGGGCCAGUGGAUUUUGUACAGCAAUUAAGAAAUGCUCUGGAGAGUGAUUACGUAUCUCAAAAUCUUCAUAAUUGGAUUGACUUGAUAUUUGGAUACAAGCAAAAAGGAAUUGAAGCUGAGAAAGCUGACAAUAUGUUCUUUCAUCUGUGUUACGAAGGAGCCAUAGACUUAGAUACUAUUCAGGAUAUAAAUGAUAGACACGGAUUAGAAGUUCAAAUAAUGGAGUUUGGUCAAAUUCCUAAACAAGUUUUUACAUUGCGGCAUCCAAAGCGUAUGGUUUCCGGUACUUCAAGUUUGAUGCGCAGCGUAAGUUCAAUAUCUUCUCAAGGAAGUUCAUGUACAGAAUGUGAAAGCGUCAGUGACAAAGAUUUCACCAUAUUCAAGAAAUUAAGUAAAUUUCAAUCGCAUAAACAAGCAGUGAACAGUGUUCUGAUAACAAAUGAUUCCACAGAAGAUAUUGUGUCUGUGGGACAAGAUGGAAUGCUGAAACUUUAUUCAAUGAAAAGUGGAAAGCUUACACGAAGCGUAGCACUUUCAACAUUACCUUUGUCCUCGUGUGUAGCUCAUAAAUCUUCAGCGGCUACACCUAAUACGUUCACAGUUUCCUCAAAUUUUGUAGUAGCUGGGUGCUGGGAUAAUACAUUGAUAUUUUAUGAUGUCGAAUUUGGUCGUGUAAUAGACACACUCCAGGGUCAUGAAGACGCAGUAUCCUGUCUAACUUGGAGUCCUUCUCGGGGAGUCUUAGUAUCUGGAUCUUGGGAUUGCACUGCUAAAGUUUGGCGUAGUCCUUCGUCCACGAAAAAGAUCAAACCAGCUGAGUGUCUGCUUGCACAAUUAGAUCACGACUCCAAAGUUGUUUGUUUAGACAUCUCAAGCAAUGACAGUUUAUUAGUAUCUGGUACAGAGGAUGGAGAAAUCUUUCUAUGGAACAUGGACAAAUACAAUCUUCAGUUCACCGUCAAAGCACAUACAGCUAAAUUAAACGCAAUGAGAUUUGAUCCUCAAUCUAAAACUAUAGUAUCUUGUGCUAAUGAUAAAGUAUUAAAUAUAAUUGAUGUGCGAACAAGUACACAACUUUAUCGUACUAUUCUUGAGGAUGAGCCGAUUUCUCUUUAUUGGAAAGAGGCUUUCCUUCUUGUAGGCGACAUAUCAGGAAACCUUAGUAUUUGGGACCUCCGAGGUGCCAUUCUAUGUACCAACUUUCAUUGUCAUCAUGAUGCUGUGACAUCUAUUGCUGUAUCGCAAGAUGGUAAACGUGUAGUCACUGGAAGUAAGGACCGGAGUGUUACGGUUUGGGAUUGUAAUUGGGAUUGGGUUGGCUUAAGCUAACACAAUGCAAAAUACACAAUUGUAAAGCCAAGGAAUUCCCUUAUCGAUCCAGAACAAUCUGUUGAAAUUAUGGCAUGAUUUACUUGUCGUCUCAUGUCAAUAAAAUCACUGCUGUUGGACAUUGCAGUUGAUACUACACUACAGCAGUCAGUUUCUGUUGCUAUUUGCAUGGUUAUGGACUACACCGUUACUUAUUAAGGAUACAUUUUAAUGGAGAAUGUUAAUACAUCUUGGCCUUUAUCGUCUACCAAUCAUUAUCAGUCAGAAGCAGGAUAAAGACUGUAAGCUAUUAAUUAUUUCUGUAUGACGACAUUGCAAUGUGAUAUCACCGUGUUAUUACGAAUAAACUAUGUCUAAUAUCGUA